UCAGGAUGAUCGUACAAAUACAUACAGCAUCCUUGCCGUUUCGAUAGCCUAAGAAUGAGUCCGCUCUCCACAUUCGGUUGUUGUUCCUCAAUUUCUCCUCCUCACAUACCCUAAAAUCCCUCUCUCUCUCUCUUUCUGUGAGAACCCCACAAUGUUCGGCACCGGAGGCUCAUCCAGACGCGGCCUAGUUUUCUCCGAACACGAAGACGACGACAACAACACCGUCCACAAAACACGCUUCAACAAACUCAAUAAAUCCUGCCUCCACGAUUCCGACAUCUCCCUCCGACUCCCACAACCUCGACCUCACCAUCCUCCCUUCAAUGGACACCGAGGCCGACCCGGACCCCUCCUUCUCCACCUCCCCCUUCGCCAGAUCCCCAUGGUCCGCCCACUUCAAUACCGACCUUCCGCCCACACCCGAGGACAAUUCCUUCCUCCCCAAUAUCCUAAUGGGCUCCCUCGUCCGCGAAGAGGGCCACAUUUACUCCCUCGCCGCCGCAGGGGACCUUCUCUACACCGGAUCCGACAGCAAGAACAUCCGCGUCUGGAAGGCUCAGAAGGAAUUCUCCGGGUUCAAAUCCAACAGCGGCUUGGUCAAAUCCAUUGUAAUCGGUGGCCAGAAGAUCUUCACCGGCCACCAGGACGGUAAGGUCCGGGUCUGGAAGGUGUCGACUAAAGACCCAAGCGUCCACAAACGAGUUGGAACGCUCCCCACGUUAGGCGAUUACAUCAAAUGUUCGAUGAAACCCAGAAAUUACAUGGAGGGGAGACGGCGGAGGAACCUGUGGAUAAAGCAUUUCGAUGCAAUUUCGUCUCUGAGUUUGAGCGAAGACCAAAAUUUCCUGUACUCUGCUUCUUGGGACAAGACCUUCAAGGUCUGGAGGGUCUCCGAUUCCAAAUGCUUGGAGUCCAUUCAGGCUCAUGACGACGCCGUCAACACUCUGGUUUCGAGUAUUGAUGGUUUGGUCUUCACUGGAUCGGCCGAUGGCAGUGUGAAGGUCUGGCGGAGGGAGCUGCAGGGGAAGGGGACCAAGCAUUUUUUCUCGCAGACAUUGGUGAAGCAGGAAUGUGCCAUUACUGCUCUGGCUGUCAACGACGAGGCCACUUUCAUCUACUGCGGCUCCUCCGAUGGGGUGGUUAAUUUUUGGGAGAGGGAGAAAUCGUUGUCGCACGGCGGCACUUUGAGAGGGCAUAAGCUUGCUGUUCUCUGUUUGGCGACGGCGGGGCGGUUGUUGUUGAGUGGCUCCGCCGAUAUGGGGAUAUGCGUCUGGCAGAGGACGGCAGCGGAGCAUUCUUGCUUGUCGGUGUUGACGGCCCACACAGGGCCAGUGAAAUGCUUGGCCGUUGAAAAGGACAGUGAAGCCGGGGAAGGCGAGCGGCGGUGGAUUGUGUACAGUGGGAGUUUGGAUAAGUCGGUGAAGAUAUGGAGAGUGUCGGAACAGCCGCCGGCCGUCGAUCAAAGUCCGCGGCAGCAGUUGGGGGAAUCGCCCUCAGGCAGCGGGUUCUUUGUAAAUGCUCCCAGUUUCGUAAUUCGAGGACAGUAACAGCCGAUUUUGAGAUAUUAAUUAAUUCAUUAAUG